UCUUUGUCCAGAUUUCCUCGUGUUUUCAGCAAUUGAGAUAUUCAAACCUUGCCUACUCCGGUAGAUCCGAGUCUAUAUCUGCAAUCUGCAAGUGGACCUAGAAGUGGACUCCGACAGGUCAGAUCGUCAGACACCGGGACGUGGCACCUGCCAGCCUCCAGGCCCUCAUCGACUUCCUCGCGCCGAUUAAAUACUUCAAGUUACAAGUACGACAUGCCCCAUGAAUCGACAGCGUAUCAGAUUGGUUGUCGCUGGCCUGGAUUCGACAAGAUCAAGCACAUCGUAAUCUUCGGUGCAUCAUAUUGUGAAGUUGGUUACAGUCCCCGCUCUCCCCAUCCGACCCCGGAAAAUCCACUUGGUGUACCGUUUCCAGGGCUCACAUCCAACGAACCCGAGGAGCCCAACUGGGUCGGCUAUCUUACAAAGAUCUAUGAGUCUCGAGGCCCAAAGCUUAUUUACGAUUAUGCCCUGGGCGGCGAUCGCGUGUUUGGCGUCAGGCGCCAGGUGCAACAGUGGUUCCUCCCCGAUGUCGGCGCUCAUCCAGACUGGGCGCCAUGGACAAGCGAGGAUACACUCUUCAUAACUUGGAUUGGGAUCAACGACUGUGCCUGGGGCGGCGACUACGAGGAGCCAAUGACGCGACUGUUUGAGUACCAAGAAGACUUGUAUGCCGCCGGUGCGCGCAACUUCCUCUUCAUCGACGUCCCUCCCAUGCAUCGCGCCCCAGCCACGACGUCCCGCUCGGAGUCCCGCGCAUCCAACUAUGAGCGCUGGAACGAUGUUCUCGAGGAUCAUGUCAUGGGCCUCGCGGGCGACCGCGCCGAUAUCAGCGCCAUGAUCUUUUCUUCGUGGGACACGUUUACCCGUGUUCUAGACGACCCGCCGGCGCACGGCUUCGACCGUGAAGAUGAGUCCCGCGUCGGUUCGAUAUGGUUUGAUCGCAUACAUCCCACAAGCAAGAUGCACGACAUUAUCGCGCGAGAAUUGUCCGAGUUUCUGGACUCGCUCGAGCCAUACCAGGACGAUAUUCCAGAGAAUAUCAACGACAAGGUGAACGUCCACGGGGGCGAGAGGUGGCGGUGAAUGGAGGGAGCGACCUUCAAGGAUGGGUGCGCUAGUUUCGCGGAUUUCUUGUCGCCUUUCAUCCCAUACUAUACUAUCAUUAUCUGGUUUGAGAGCUUU